UGAAGUGAAGCGUUUCGGAGCAAAGGGAUAUUCGUACGACAUAUGCAGACCCGACAAUCGUGAGGCACCUUUUCGUGGCCAACUACUGGCUUCCACCGCGUGAAAUGGCUUACAACUUUCCUGGAAUGCCAACUCCAGCUAUGCCACCGAUGGGUAUGGGCCCAAUGGGACCCCUGGGUCCUAUUACGGGCCCUCAAGGUUUUAUGGAACUGGCGAGUCAAGGAUUUCCUCCUCUACCUCCACCUAUUCCAUUACCUGGGAUGAACGACACCCCACUGGAAUUUAGCACAAAUAAAAAUCAGCCACCAAUGGCCCGAGAAACCGCCGAGGAGACUAGUGACAGGAAGAAUGAAAAGAACGAUAAUAGGAGAGAACGAGACUCGAGAGAGAAUAGAGACAGCCGUGAUAGUAGAAGGUCAAGGGGUGAUCGAAGGGAGCGUGACAGAGAGAGGCGAGAGGAACGAGCCGAAAGAGAAAGGCGAGAAGACCGCAGACCAGAAGAGAGGACCAGUACAAAUUCUACUAGCAACAACGAGAGCCAUUCGAGCACAAACGGCAGCGAAGGACAGUCAUCGACGAAUGCAGGAACCAGCAGUACUCAAAAUAUGGGAGCUCAAAUAGAGCCGACAGCUGGAGUUUGGGGCAUGGGUGUUGGCUACCCAAUGAUGGGAAUGGGACCCAUGGGGCCAAUGGGACCAAUGAUGGGAGAAAUGGCAUUGGGUCCUCACAUGGGUCACGCUCAUGGAUACCCCCCUAUGGGAAUGGGAAUGAUGCCACACGAAGGAGCAAUGAUCGGUGCUCGCAUGCUAGGGCCGGAACAGAUCAUGACCGACGCCGCUGCUCAAAUAAUGAGCAGUGCAUUGCCCCCACCUCCAGCAGGACCACAGGGUACCAAAGAGAUCAUCCACUGUAAAAGCUGCACGUUAUUUCCACCUAAUCCAAACGCACCACCACCUACCACUCGAGAAAGACCACCAGGGUGCAGAACGAUAUUUGUUGGAGGCUUGCCGGAAAAUAUUACCGAAGCGAUUAUUCAAGAGAUAUUCGAACGGUGUGGCGAAAUCACGACGCUCCGACUUUCCAAGAAGAAUUUCUGUCACAUACGUUUCGUCUUAGAAGCUAGCGUCGAUGCAGCCAUCUACCUUUCUGGAUACAGAGUACGGAUAGGAUCCAGUGGCGACUCUGCAAAUACUGGAAGACUUCACGUGGACUUCGCACAGGCCAGAGACGAUCAGUACGAAUGGGAGUGCAGACAGAGGCAACUACAGCGAGAGCAGCGUCACAGGGAAAGGGUUGAAAAGGAGAGGCAAAGAGCUCCAUCGAGUCCUCCUCCUGUAGUCCACUACACCGACCACGAAGCAUCGAACAUCUGCGAGAAGAUCAAGCAAGACGAUACAUUUGUCAAAGCGGUGCAGGUCGUCGUUACUUGGCUGGAACGAGGCGAUUGCACGAAGAGGAACGCGAACACCUUCUACUCGAUGAUCCAGUCGACGAAUUCCCACGUGCGUCGAUUAUUGACAGAAAAGGCCGCAUACGAGGAGGAGCUGCAGAAGGCUAAGGAGCUCAUGAAAGGAAGGAUGCAAGGACUCCUCAUACAAUUCAGUCAGAUCGAACGUGUGUUCACUGCGGCCAGCCACAAGAAAGUCUGGGAUCACUUCACCAAGGCCCAACGGAAGAACAUCGAGAUGUGGAGGAAACAGUCCUCGGAAAUUAAGGCCGUCCAGCUGGAAGAGGCUCUGAUGGAGGGCGAGGGCGAGAUGGAGGUGUCCGACUCGGAGGACGAGCCCCAGAGGAAGAAGAUCCGCAGCCAGGAGUUCAACGAGGACGCCGAGAAGCUGCAGACCCUGAAAGAGGAAAACGACAGUCUGAGAUGCCAGCUAGAGGCGUACAAAAACGAGGUGGACCUUUUGAAGUCCGAGACGAAGACCGAGAUCGACGCGAAGGACAAGCAGAUGAAGAUGCUGCAGCAAACGCUGAAGGGCAUGCAGGAGCAGCUGAUGCAGUCCAAGAAGCAGCAAGCCCAGGACGACCAGAAGAUCAAGGACCUGACGGUGAAGUUGAACGCCACGAAGAAGGAGGAGCCCCUGGAAAGCGAGAUCAUUACGUUAGAUAAGGACGACGAUAUCAGCGAAGAGCCGCGGAUACCUAAGCUUCCUGUUGCAUCUCUCGGAUGUGUUCAAGUCACUCAAAAGGAUGCCAAGCUCAUCGGUUUGAUCGCGACCUUCCUGCACAUCCAUCCUUUCGGAGCGAGCGUCGACUACGUUUGGUCGUACUUGCAAAAGAUGGAACCCGGGAUCAGGCCGAACGAAGUGGAGGCUCUUAUGCAGAGGUUCCCGCAAGUGUUCAAGCAGGAAUUGUCCGGCAUUGGCGCGAACAUGGAGAGAAGGUGGCAAUUUUCCGGCUUCAGCAUCUUCCGGAGCCACUGACCCUCGCUUCUGCCUGCGCCUGUGGACGCGACGACGGAACAAUAGCGAAAGGAAGAGAGCGGACCUUUGGAUCGAUGAAACUAAGAUGCCGCUCGAGGUUCUUAUCGCAAUGGGCCGAUGUAACGUUGACGAAGAAACUCAACGCCGCUGCAAAAUCGAGGCAUCGCGGGUGCUCGAGGAUCAUUAGGCCGUAUUAGCUCGUAAUGACGGCAUACGCUGGCGAUUGCGAUUAAUCCUGAUUAAUCAAUUAAUCCCGAAGUCUUCGGACCGAUCCAGUGCGACUCUUGGAGCCAUGACGUCCACAUUUUGUAUUCUUGCCCGAGUGCCAUACCUAGGAACACUCUUCGCUUCCGUUCUGCGAGGUGCGUUGCAUUAACUUGUGAUUUUAAAACGCUUAGACGCGCAACGCGAUUUUGGGAGACACCAUGAGACUUUACCCUGCCAUGGUCGUAGUGUUAAGGACGAAUGUUUAAAGGAAUUAUCAGUGUACGCUGGCAGGUUAAUAAAUUUCGCGCAUACACCCUU